CCAUUAUAUGAAACUGACGGUUUUCGUAGAGAUAGACAUUGUGUCCAUCGUCAUACAUAUUUAACCGAUGAACGUCAAAAACUAGUUUUGACUUUCAAAAAGUUUCGCUUAACAGCUAUACUUAAGAACAUAGAGGUUAUUAAAGACUCUCUGCUUUUAAAUUUCUUUCAUAACGUCGAAAGAACGGCUAGAACCAUUAAAGAAACUACGGGUUGUUUCUGUUGCUCCGCUAACCAAGCGGCAUUAAAAGGG